AUGGACGCCUCCUCCCUCCGCAUCUCCAAGUUCGAUGGAACUAACUUCCACGCCUGGAAGUUCAAGAUGCAGAUGGUGCUGGAGGAACGGGACCUAUGGGAGGUCGUCAGCGGUGAGAUCAAGGCGGAACAGUGCGAGACUCAGUUGGACCAAGCGACGUACAAGAGGAAGUCAAGAAAGGCGAUGGCAGUGAUCUGUCUAGCCAUGGAAGAUUCCCAGCUACCGUUGGUCCGGUCGGCAAGUGGUGCAUGCGACGCAUGGUCAAGGUUGGAAGACCACUUCGAGAAGAAGAGUCUUGCCAACAAGCUGUUCUUGCGCCGUCGCUUCUUCACGACAAUGAUGGAAGAAGGCGACGAUGUGCUCGAACACAUCAACAAGCUCAAGACGCUGGCGGAACAGCUAGAAGCGGUGGGGGCUCCAGUCUGCGAGGACGAUCUGGUGAUCACACUCCUCGGCAGCCUGAGUGACUCGUAUCAAUUCUUGAUCACAGCUUUGGAGUCGCGCUCAGACACUCUUAGCUGGGAGCUCGUGACGUCUCGACUGCUUCAUGAAGAAAUGAAGCGGAAGGAGCAAGGAAGUAAAGGUGAUGAAGCUUCGCAAGGUCAAGCGUUCAUCACAAGGGACAAUCAGCGCAAAGGGCGACCAGUGAAGAAGUCCUGGCCGUGCCACAAUUGCGGAAAGAUUGGUCACUGGAUGGCGGAGUGCCCCUCGCGCAUCCAAGAAAACACGGAGAGACACCGGCCACAGCGUGCUCAAGACAGCGGCGACCGCUAUCGAUCACAACGUGCAAACGUCGCUCAAGAAGAAGACUCGGGCGACUACCUCUUUUCGAUCGGUGAAACGACAUCUGCGAAAUCGAGCGACAUCUGGCUGGUCGACUCCGGGGCGACGCAGCACAUGACGUGCUCCAAGAAGUUCAUGCGGAACUACAAGGGGUUUGACGCUGUGGAUGUCCAUCUCGCGGAUGAUGGAAUCGUCCAAGCAAUCGGCAGUGGGGACAUUGUCAUGUCGAUGAAGACACCCCAAGGGAUGAAGAAAGGUGUGCUCACAAACGUGUGGCACAUCCCAAAGUUAUCCAGAAACCUGUUCUCGGUCGGCCGCUUCACCAAGGAUGUCGGCCCAGUGACGUUCACGAAGGAUGGGUGCUAUGGAGAAGCGAAAGGGACCAAGUGGAAAAUUGGUGCCCGUGAAGGUAAAGGACUGUUCAAGCUGCAAAUGACUCCAGUGGCGCCGGAACAAGCAAAUGCAGCCAAGUCGUCGGGAUGUCAAGGGGGCACCAAGUCGUACCUCUGGCACCUUCGGCUUGGCCACAUAGGUCACGAUGGACUCAAUUGCAUCGUGACGAAGAACAUUGGAAUUGGCAUCGACAUAUCUUCGGUGAAGAAGUGGGACGUGUGUGAAGGUUGUGCUCUGGGAAAACAGACUCGAGUGCGCUUCCAAUCAAACACUACAGCUCGCACCUCCAAACUCCUCGAAGUGAUUCACAGCGACGUAUGCGGACCGAUGUCGAUGGCAACUUUCAGUGGAAAACGGUACUUCGUGACAUUCAUUGAUGACAAGUCAAGAUACUGUGUCGUCUAUCUGCUCAAGAGCAAAUCUGAAGUUGCGGCGAAGUUCAUGGAAUACGCUGCGAUGGCCGAAACGCAAACCGGAAAGCGCGUGAAGUACCUUCAAAGCGACAAUGGGGGUGAAUACAAGUCCGACAAGCUGGCACGAUUCUGCGCGGAACGGGGAAUACAACAAAGGUUCACACCCCCAUAUACUCCUCAGCUAAACGGAGUAGCUGAGAGAAUGAAUCGCACGCUGGUCGAGUGUGCGCGUUGCAUGAUGGAACACGCUGGACUGGGAAAGAGCUACUGGGGUGAAGCAGUGAUGACGGCGAUGUUUCUUCGAAACCGCUGUCCAACACGUGCCAUUCACCAAGGCAAGUCUCCAUAUCAAGUGUGGACGAUGAAGAAACCGAUUCUGGCCAACCUUAAAGUGUUUGGAUGCCACGCGUAUGUUCAAGUGCCUCAAGACAAACGCGCGAAGUUCGACUCCAAGUCAUCACUCUGUCGUUUCCUGGGAUACGCCGAACACCAGAAUGUUGUAAGUGCAUGA